AACCACGUAAACGUGCAGAUUGUCAAUUUUUGUUAUCCUUAUUGUUUUGUAAGGUUUUGUAUAGAUUUUAGCAGUAGAUCUUCCUUUCACGUGCGUUUACAUUAUUGUUUUUAAGUUAAUACAUGAUGUUUGGUUGUUAGAUUAUCCAAUAUAGAGGGUAAUAAGAAACAUACAGCUGGUAAAAAGUCACUUUUUCCUAAAUGUCGGCAAUAAAAAGGGUUCAACAAUGGGCAACGUUUGCUCGUGUCUGGCAUAUCUACGAUUGCACCUGGCAAAACCCGUUUGAAUCUGCAAGUUUGAUUCGAAAACAUUUGAUGGGACUGCAUAAACCAAUAUAUCAUCCUAUGAAUGAUUGUGGUGAUCAUGUAGUAGUAAUCAACACUGCGGACAUUGCAUUGCCGGGCGACGAGUGGAAAAAACGUGUCUAUUUUCAUCAUACUGGAUAUGCUGGCGGAGCUUCCUGGACGUUGGCUUGGGAACUGCAUGAGAAAGAUCCUACUAUUAUAAUGAAAAAAGCUAUUUACCGAGCGAUGCACGGAAAUCUUCAGCGAAGGCAUACAAUGCAGAGACUGCACCUUUUUAAGGAUGCUAACGUUUCGAAGGAAAUUUUAGAGAAUGUUACCAAUCAAAUACGUCAACCAAGGCGAGUGCCGGAACGAUUGGACUUGAUUGACCAGGAGCAGGUCAAAAACUUCCCCAAAAUUAUGGAUUACCCUGAAGAUUACGUUCUACGAUAAGUUUCUUUUGCUCAGUAUAGAAGAAAAAAGCUAGGUGAAACAA